AUGAUUUGGUUGAUAUCAGGAUUACUACCGGAAGUGAUCUCGUUGCUAGCCGUAACGUCGUCUAUCUUUUUUUUGUGUUCUGGGGGUAAAAAGGAAGAGGAAGUUGUUCAACCAGGUCAACCGCUUUCAUCAACAGUGGCUCCGGCACCGCCACCGGCACCGCCACCAGCACCGCCACCGCCAAUUGCAGUUCCAACUGCACCUGCACCUGCACCUUCACUCCCCCCACCACAACCACCAACACCGCUUUGUAAACCAGUAGCGGAAAACAAAGACGAAGGGGGCGACAACUAUGAAGAUAUUGCAGUUGGCGAUGUCCCACCACCACCAGAAUGA